ACGAUCCACGCGUGUCCAUCCUGCUUGGCGAACUAUCGAUUAUCUGCCUGUGCUAAGCAACGGGAAAGAGAGGGAAAAAAAAAAAAGAUGUCGAAUAAAUGUCUAUGAUUAUCAAUUAUAUUGCCUUUUGGGGAUCGUUUUGCGGUACUGACAAGCUUUCCGGAUCUGCAGCCUUUCUUCGUGGAAGAAUUUUGCAUUUGUAGUGGAGAGAAGAGGUACAACACAGUGAAGGUUCAUGGAACAGUCCGAGCAGGCUGCCCCCGAGUCGGGGUCCCAGGAGGUGAACCCCGUCUUCAUGCAGCAGCUCCGAGAGCUCGACAUCCCAGAGGAAGCAGCCAAGCAGGCUCUUCUGCGCACAAGGAAUGUGUCGGCUGAAGAGGCGGCUAUGUAUUACUUCAACAAGCUAGAGAAUGAGGAGGAAGGGGAUGAAGAUCUCUGGUUUAAGAUGGUGUUUGUUGUCAACAUGGAGCUGUCCAUGGGAGUCGGGAAGGUGGCUGCUCAGGUGGGUCAUGCUGCUGUAGGGUUGUACCAGGCUCUGCAGGAGAAAAACAGCUGGAGGGAGAUGGCAUGGAAGUGGGACCAAGCAGGAGCGAAAAAGGUUGUGGUCCAAGGCACAAACAUGGCUCACCUGCUGGAGCUGCAGGCCCUGGCCAUGAGCCUCAGCCUGCCCACCUACCUGGUGCAGGAUGCGGGGAGGACUCAGGUUGAGUCUGGAUCCCGCACAGUUUUGGCAAUCAUUGGUGAAGAGGAAAUGGUCAACAAUGUUUCCGGAAGCCUGAAACUGCUUUGAAAACACUCCUGGCCACUGCGGAGGCAAACUGCAUCGGCAGAGCCGAACAACAGGGGGCGGUAAUGAGUUUCAGCAGGAGCGGCUGGGCAUGCAGAGUGUUAACUACAGCCAUUUAUUUUUCUCUCUCUUCUCUUUCCGAGUCACUGUCUGGAGGUCAUGGGAGGUGCUGCUCAGUCCCUGAGAACCUGGUUUAAACCGGGAUGUGUUGUUACAUGUGAUUAAAAAACUUGGCAGCAGGAGAGGUCCUGAGCAAGGAGUAAUAGCUUCAUUAAAUGACAAAGAACUGACCCAUGACCCCCCCCAC